UCAGGUGGCGCAGAGCUGGGAUCUCGAAUACAUCGUAUCGAGUCUCAGGCUGAGCAGCCACAUGAACAACGGUUGGCCUGUUGUUCAUAUAGGGGUGGGAUAUUAAAAAGCCGCAUAGGGACUCUCUCAUAACUAAUGCAAUCACGACCUCUGCUGGCUGAUCGAUGGCGCCUGCGCAGAGAUGAGAAAAGAGUGCUCUCAGGGUGUGUCUCUCCAUAGACGGUGCUGAUCCGUGUUGCACUCGUCAAAGUGUAGGUGAGAAAAUGCAUACGGCUGCUGCCCACGUGUCGGAGGGGGUGUGGGCUAGCUUCGUUCUCCUCAAUCAGAGCCGGGGUCGGCAUUGGUGGAGGAAGCAUGACGCAAUCGGGCAAUUGGAUGCGCUAAAAGGGAGAAAAAGGGGGAGAAAAAUGUAUAAACAACCACAAAAAAACAAGAAAAAAUAAAACUUAGCUUAUUAUAUCAUUAUAAUUUUAUAUAAGACACUAAGAUACUAAAGCCUUUUGCUGAGGAGCUUGGUGGCGGGCCUCAGUUACGGAAUCAUGUCCUUCUGUCUUGCUAAAUAGGGCCAUUGGAGGGGCCAUUGAGGUGCAAAUGAUUGACGUAUCAGUUCCUCUUAACUGACAGAUUUGUCAACUCCUGUGUUGGGAAACUUGUGUUUGAUGCCUGGCUCAGUCUGACUUAGUUUUCUGCUGUCCAGCACACCUUCCUUCUGGGAACUAAGCUGACAUCACAAGGGAACCGCACUAGACGAACCAGCUGCCCCAGAGCCAAAGUAAGGGCCUAUUUCCAAAGCAGGUACAACAUUGGGUCCCAUGCUGGUUGUAAGCGGUGCCAGUUGGUGAGGCCUGAUGGAGCUGGGAACACAUCGAAAGCCAAACGGAGCAGAUCUCAAUCUACGCCCGUCCCGCAGCAGGGAAUCCUGAAGCCCGGGUGGCGCAGAACGUCCCCCUUCCCUCCUUUGACUGCAACCCCACGUCCUGUCUCGUCCACCUACCCCAAGAUGAUCGGCAAACUGAAACAAAACCUGCUGGUGGCCUGCCUGGUCAUCAGCUCCGUCACGGUCUUCUACCUGUGUCGACAUGCCAUGGAGUGCCACCAGCGCAUCGAGGAGCGGGGCCAGCCGCUGCUGGGCAGCCUGCACGCCACGCUUCGCUCCGGACAAAACCUCAGCGCCCCUUACGUUUACAACAAGGACAUGCCCCUGAUCUUUAUCGGCGGCGUUCCGCGUAGCGGGACGACGCUCAUGAGGGCCAUGCUCGACGCCCACCCGGACGUGCGCUGCGGCGAGGAGACGCGCGUCAUCCCGCGCAUCCUCGCCAUGAAGCAGAUGUGGAGCCGGUCCGGUCGCGAGAAGAUGCGCCUGGACGAGGCGGGUGUUACGGACGAGGUGUUGGACUCCGCCAUGCAGGCUUUUCUGCUGGAGAUCAUCGUUAAACACGGCGAACCGGCUACCUACCUGUGCAACAAGGACCCGUUCGCACUUAAAUCCCUCUCGUACUUGGCGAAGAUCUUCCCGCAGGCCAAGUUCAUCCUCAUGAUUCGCGACGGCAGGGCUUCCGUCCACUCUAUGAUCUCUAGAAAGGUCACCAUCGCCGGGUUUGACUUGAACAGUUACCGGGACUGCUUAACGAAAUGGAAUCGGGCUAUAGAGACCAUGUACACGCAGUGCCUGGAGGCGGCCGACAAGUGCCUACCGGUGCACUAUGAGCAGCUGGUCCUGCACCCGGAGAAGUGGAUGCAGACGCUCCUGAAGUUUCUGAAGGUUCCCUGGAAUGAGGCCGUCCUGCAUCACGAGGAGCUAAUUGGGAAGGCAGGGGGAGUGUCGCUAUCCAAGGUGGAGCGCUCGACAGACCAAGUGAUCAAGCCGGUCAACGUCGAGGCCUUGUCCAAGUGGGUGGGUAAGAUCCCCGUGGACGUGAUGAGGGACAUGCCCGCCAUCGCGCCCAUGCUUGCCAGACUGGGAUACGACCCCAACGCCAACCCGCCCAACUACGGCCGGCCUGAUCCUCGCGUCCUGGACAACACUAGAAGGGUGUUUAAAGGUGAAUUUCAGCUACCUGACUUUCUUAAAGAGCAAACACAGCUACAGAAGUCUUCAGAGAAACCAAACCCAAGUUAAGAAGAGAGGAAAAGGAGGGAACACAUCUGUAGAAGGUGAAGCAGAAACAAAUCAAGCGGGACCAUGGUGGACCCAUAUAACCCCGCUGGGACCUCCAUACUUCCUCAGACAUUCACAAGAAAAGACUCUGACCCCGUCUACAAACACGCGUCAUUCUCUCAAAGGUCGAUGAGCCGGAACCACUAUACGGAGAACUUUUGGCCUUCAGUGUUUUACCGUCACAAUUGUGGCCUAUGAAUGUUUUUUUUUGUUUUGUUUCAUUCUUGAAAUUUUAAUUCCAUUUUUUUUUUUGGUCACGUAACACCUACCAGACUUUUUCCUAGCGACAUAAAUCUGUGAUUCUGUUAUAAGAAAAUACAGUGUCUAGCACAGGAAGUAUUCAAGGAACGUUAGCUUUUAAAGAUGCAUUAUGUAUUUUGAUGUUGUUGAUUUGAUUUUGUUUUAUUUUCAUGCCUUUGUAUUGUGCAAUUCCUUGGGCGUCGGUGUACGAGAUCUCGUAGCUCGGUGGUCCGAAGCCGGGACUGCGUUUUGUACCAUCGUGAACAGGAGUGGAAUUUUGUACACAGAACUGUAAUAAAAGGAUUGUCAGUGUUGAAGGCAGGAGAAUGUGCUUGCGAUUUUUCCAUUGGUGGAAAAAUGGUAUGCCGAGACAUUAUGUUUGCGUCGUCUUUUUUGUACCAAUGUGUUAAACAUCAUCACCAGGUCUGUCUUUUUUUGGGUGAAAUAAACAGUUAAGCACUGUA